AUGACCCGUCGAAAGAUAACAGUAACAACAACUUCAAGCGCGUCUGACAGCAAUACCACUUUGUAUGUAGAGACUGCAGGAGUCAGCAGGAGUCAGCAACACCAAGACGCCCUCUUGCGAAAUGCAACAAGUUCGGCGUCAUUCAUCAGACCGCCAUGCCAAACCGAUAGAGUGGACGAGAGUGAAACCACGCACCUCAUCAACGCGGAACUUCUGAUUCCCGGCCGAGGCGAGCCACAGCGCAACAUGAGCGUGAUUGUACAAGACGGCAAAAUCACCGCCGUCCAGUCCAGGUCAUCUCUCUCUCCACACUUCAAGAAACUACGGACGACAAAUGUGCCUGUGCUUCUCCCGGGCCUCUGGGACUGCCACACGCACCUCCUAGGAUUGACCUCGUUCAAUUUCAGCGAACUCCUCACGGCAUCUCCCCCAGCUCUAGCCGGCGCCCGAAUCGCCCGGAACGUGCACGACAUCCUCAUGAGCGGCUUCACCUCGAUCCGCGACCUGGGCGGGUACGCGAUCGAAGUAUCCCGGGCAAUCGAAGAAGGCAGCUUGGUCGGGCCGAACAUCUACUCCGCAGGCGCCGCCAUCUCACAGACUUCAGGCCACGGCGACAUCUUCGACCUGCCCUCCGGGUUCGUGACCUCGUGUCUAGGUGUGCGGGAUACCCAAGCGAAUGCGUUCGCCCCUGCCACAUGCCCAUUGUUACUAGCCGACGGGGUGGACGAGUGUCGACGCGCGGUGCGACUCUUGACGCGCCGGGGAGCCAAAUGCAUCAAAGUCUUCGCUUCCGGCGGGGUCUUGAGUAUCGCGGACGACCCGUUACGGCAGCAGUUCUCGAUGGACGAGCUGCGCGUGAUCGUCGACGAGGCGACUCGGGCCGGCCGUGUCGUCGCCGCCCACUGCCAUGGCAAAAACGGAAUCAUGGCCGCCCUGCAUGCUGGAUGCCAUACGAUCGAGCACGGCACGUAUAUGGAUGCGGAGUGUGUCGAGCUCAUGAAGAAGAAAGGCGCCAUCUACGUCCCCACGCGGACUAUUGUCAAGAUCGGCGUCGACCAUCCCGAGCUCAUGUCACCUGAAUCAUACCGCAAGAUGGUCGAAACGUCGAAGCACCAUCUCGCCGCGUAUAGGCUGGCCGUCGAGUCUGGGGUCAAGAUCGCUCUCGGCACUGAUCUGGGCAUCAGCACGCCUGCGACGCAUCCGCUGGCUCUGGGCAAGAGUGGUGGCGAGCUGGUGUAUGCGGUGGUCGAUGGUGGAAUGGAGCCUUUGGCUGCCAUCGAGGCCGCGACCGCCAUGGGGCCCGAGGUCUUGGGUGAUCUGGGCAUGGCGCCCAAGAGCGGGCAGGUUGUUGUUGGAUAUUAUGCGGAUCUGAUUGCAUUGAACGCCAACCCGCUCGAGCAUAUGGAUCUGUUCAAGGAUCCCCGUAACAUCACGCAUGUCUGGAAAGGCGGGAAGUUGUUCAAGAGUCCUACCACGUGA